UUCGAACGCGUGCAUCUGUCCCUCACUUUACGACGCCGUUUCCUAGAUCUACUCCCCCCUUAUCACUAUCACCCCUGUCCGAGUUCGUUUUUCUUGCAUCGAAAAUUCGAAACUUUGUCUGAGAGUCGGGCCCCAAAGUCUCGCGUCUCUGCCGCGGCAUCGUUUCGGUCUCUUCCCGUACAGACACCAGACAUGGCCUUCAUUUCGUUCGUUGGAAGGCUUCUCUUCGUCUCUGUCUUCCUUCUCUCUGCUUGGCAAGAGUUCAGUGAAUUUGGUGUGGAUGGGGGACCCGCAGCCAAGUCUCUGAGACCCAAGUUCGAUAUUUUCUGGAAUCAUCUAUCAACUCACACUGGUCUGAAAGAGCCCAAACAAUUUGAAAUCCAACAUUUACUGGCGGCCACAAUAGCCUUGAAGGGCAUUGGGGGUCUUCUCUUCAUCCUUGGUUCUUCUCUUGGAGCCUAUCUGCUGCUUCUGCAUCAGGCCAUCGCCACUCCUAUCUUGUACGACUUCUACAACUAUGAUCCUGAGAAGACCGAAUUCAAUCAACUUUUCCUCAAGUUUACCCAGAAUUUGGCAUUCUUUGGGGCUCUGCUGUUUUUCAUAAGCAUGAAGGCGUCGAUACCAAAGAGGCAACUCAGAAAAAGAGCUCCCAAAGCAAAAACUACAUGAGGAUUGAGGAGGAACCUUAGAUGAUGUGAGGGUUUAGUUUCUGACUUCACCUGACUGUUCCCCAAGGAACUAGUUUUGUAUGCAUGCAUCUGUCUGUACUUGAGUCUCUCUUUUCGAAAAUUUAGGGAAACAUUUUAGUGGAAAGAAGGGAUUUUUGUUUAUGUUAAGCGGUGGUGUUCUAUUUUAGCUGAGCCGGUUUGUCAACGUUAAGAAAUAUUACAUUAUUAUUGGUAUUUAUUUCUGCUGGUGAUAUCACUUGUUAAUGUACGGUGCAACUUUUCUUAUGCUUGGAUUUGAGAACUUCAAUUAGUUA